CCUCGGUUUAGAACCAUGUUCAGUAACCUGAUCCAUUAUCCAAGAUAUUCUCUAUAUUGGAGCAAGUCAGAUCCUGUCCCGCCGUUUAUCAGUCGGGAAUGGAAGGGACAUGAGGAGAAACACAAGGAAGCCCUCUGGCAGCUUGCUGUAACUGACACUUUUCAGAUGCCUAAAAAAGUUUGUGAAGAUCCUGAAGUUACUGGAAAGAAUCGUUAUAAAUACUUUGACAGGCCUUUCCUUCCAUUUCAUCAACAGAUGCCACUGAAUGUUGUUUAUGCAGUAACCAAGGCAGAACCAUAUACUUUUCCUCCUACUUCUAUUAAGUUCCCACCCAUCCCUUCAAAGUCUACUGUGGGCACUCAGACUGAUUACCGGGAUGCUGACGUUCAAACAGAUCCAUACUCUCCGGAAUAUUUAAUAUGUCAGGAUUCUAUCCCUGAGCUCUUGACACUGGCUGCUCUUACCUGGGGUCGAGGUCUCCCAGCAGGCCAGGCUGAGGUGGAGAUGAUAGAACGAGCCCGGGAGAAGCGUGCUUGGGAAGCCGCUCUUCCCCCUCUGAGCGACACCUCCCAGUUUGAGAAGAGGAGGAGGAUGAUGAAUGCUAUGGAGAGGAAGGAGUGGGCCUUCAGAGAGCAGGAGAUUGAAAAUGCCACUGUCCCCAGCCCUGGGCUGUCUUCACAUCCCACCAAACAUCUGAAAGUUAGUCCUAGUUCUUACUCUCAACAGUGGAUUCAUAGGCGGGACUCCUUGGGUUCUAGCAGGAGCUGGUGGGGCAUUUCCUAUUUACAAGACAGAUGUGGGAUUCUUCCAUUAAGAGCAAUCAGAAAACUUGUAGGAAAGGGAAAGAAUAUAGAAGGGAAAUUGGAGCGAAGAAAUAUCAUCAAGGACUAUUCUGAUUACGCAUCACAGGUCUACGGACCUCUGUCUCGUCUUGGUCGUUUCCCAGACAACAACUCAGAGGACUUUGUAGUGAAAAACCACUAUCUCAACACCUAUGAAGGAUUAGUCGAACUCGAGUCAAGUCUCCCAGAUUUUGUGACACAACCCCGAAUCAGACCUCCAAAAUUAAAAGUCAUUACCACCAAAUCUGGUUUUCUGAAGAGAACAGCAAGGUUUGACUGUGAGUUGGCAGAGGUUCAUCAGGCACUGUUGGAUAAGAAGAACAAAGUUUGUGAGACAAAGAAGCCCCUGCGUUUCCUUCAUAGAAACCCAAUACUUCAACCUCGGCUUCCCACUCCAACUCUGCAAUUGAGUUCCAAUGUAAGUUCGAAGCUUUUGUAUUUGAAAUGCUAAACUCAAUGUUGUCAGUUUAGUCUUAGCAGAGUUCGGGUUGAAAACAAAUCUAAUUCAAUGAUGUUUGAAGGGAAAGAAAAGCGACUGGAGUUGAUCCAGGAGUUGCGCACCAGCCACGCACUACAAGAUGAUGAUAAGCUGGUGAAAAAAGCCGAGAAGCAAGAGACCCUGGCCCUCCUGCAGCAGAGGAACUUGCAUGAGCACAAGGAGUCACUGAUCAAAAACCAUUUGGCUGGGCUGGAAGGAAGGGCGCUGGCAGACAUGUUUGACUUCCUAUCCAAGGAGCUGGUGAGAUUGCAGGAGGAGAGGAGGAUCCACGCCUUUGCCAUGCUGGCCGAUCGCCAGCGGAGGAUGCGAGAGGCCGAAGAGAGUGGGCGGCGCCAGGUGGAAGAGCGACGCCUGUGGGAAGACGACCAGAUGUUUAAAGAGGUAAUUAAAGUUCACCAAAGUACUGUAUCCUCCUACCUGGAAGACAUAAUACUGAACACUGAAGAGAACGCUGCAGAAGAACAAGCCAGGGCAGAAAUUGAGAAGACGGCUGAGGAAAUCAAUGACAUUGCUUAUGAAAUGGAAAGCCGUCGAACUCAUCUUCAGUCAGAGGAGAUUGUUGCCGAGUUGGUUUAUAGUUUUCUCAUCCCCGAGGUGCAAAAAGACUUUGUCAAAGAAAAAGAUAUUGGUGUCCUGAGCAAAACCUUGGAAGCACACGAGGAGAGUGUGGGAAACCCCUCUUGCAUAUGGGGCCUUCCAGGUGGUGUUUUUGAAGGGGACUGGGAAAUGUUUCCUGCGACAUCUCCUGAACUUCUAUGA